AUGAUUCAGGAACUUGGGAAAAACAAGCCAAACAGCCGACAAAGUUCAUCCUGAAGAAAUCAAGAAAGUAUUGUCCUUGACAGAAGCGAUAUUGGAGGAUUCUCCUCAUUAAUUCCUUCAGCCAGGAUUACUUUGGAUCAGGAGGAAACUUCCUUGAAGAAAUCUGCUGAUAGAGGUUUUGCUGCUCACCUUCGAAGUAGAAGUUCUAAUCCUAGCCUGAAGUUGACCAAAAUUCCUACAAAGGAUCUGGGCCAAAGAAGCUCCUUUUAUCCGAAGACAUCGGUGAAAAGGUUCAAAUCGAUUCAUCUGGAAGCUGUCGAAUCUUAUAAGAAAGAGGAAACUUGAUUUUUUCAAAAUGGCCAAAGCACGGCAGCUAAGGAUUUGUCAGAUGAGUUUUCCUUGGAAAUGACUCCUUGCCCUGGCAAGGCUUCAAAAGAGCUUAAGCAGACUAGGAAAGUUCAUCUAGACCUUAGUCCGAAGAAAGCCUGUCAUAGCAAGAAUUCAUCAACUUUAGCCACAGUGGAAGUCUUGCCAAAGACAAUUCAGAUAAGAAUUUCUAAUGAAGAUGGUUGUAAGCGAUCAAAAUUUCCGCAAAACUCAGUUGAGAAGCAACUGAAAAGACACAAAACUUAUAAGAAGACACCAGUUAGUCAAAAAUUUGAGGAGAAAAUUGAGAGGCUUGCACUCGAGCAUCAGGAGAGCUUGAGGUCGAAGAGGAGUACUCAAUGCAGUGACUCGGCUUACCCAUAUAAAAGCGGGUAUUAUAAACAUGUAAGGAUCGGAUGUAAUUAAGUAUCAUUCAAAGUGCGGGAAUGAGAUAGAUGAAUACGGCUUUGGAAGAAAAUCUGAGCCAGUUAAAAUGAAGCCUUCCAUAGCUCCAUUGAGGCCUUAUUUCCUGAAAGGGCAUGCCAAGAUUCAGAAAAGUAUAAAAUAUCAACAAAGGAUGAGAAAGAUGCUGGCUAAGAAGGGGAGCACUCUGAAGGCUAUAAGAAGCAUGAAAUCGUGCAACUCCUCCACUGGAAGUAUGCCACAACGUAGUCAUGCAAAUAGCUUGCAUAAGUACACGAAUAGUGGGACGAUCAGGUCUAACUUCAGCUCCACUUUGCCUUGUAAGCCUUGUUAGCUCAA